AUGGCAGCAGCUGCUGUAGACACCGGCAGGAUAGCUGGCCACCUGGGCCUUGCUGAAUCUGCUGUGAACACCAUCACCACCGAUCCAACGCCGGAGCUCGUCGCAUCCUUCCUUCAAGCCCUGGUUGCCAAGGCGGAUGAGUCUGAUGAAGUAUACAAUGCCAAGCUCAUGCUCGAGGUCGAGUUGGAGAGCGCCCACCGCAACGCCGAAGAGAGAUGCCGAAACGCCAAAGCGACCGCCGACAAAGCGCUAAAGGACGUCGAGGAGAUACGCCAGAAACUCCACGAAGAAGAGACGAAACGCCAAAAUGUCGAAAACGAGCUGCAAUCCCUCAAGUCAAGGGGAUCCGACCACGACUCCGAGAUCACGACCUUGCGCGAUCGCAUCGAAUCCCUGCAGUCUUCGAACAGGGCUAACAUGGCACUCCUAGAAUCACGCAAUGCGCGCGAUUCUGAGCUGUCCGACGAGCUCGCCAAGCAGCACCAGAAAAACGUUCAGCUCAACAAGGAAAUCACAUCCCUCCAGACUUCGCUCCAAGCCGCUCAGGCAGCCGCAAGCAGCGCCAAGUACCGCGAGGACUCUGUUCAGCAACAACUCGAUCUCGCCCGGCGCAACAGCGAGUGGUUUGAAAAUGAACUCAAGACGAAGAGCGAGGAGGCUUUGAAGUACCGCAAGGAAAAGGGAGCGCGUAUCGCUGAACUGCAGCGUCAGAACGAAGAUGCCAAGUCCGAGACCGAAGCCCUCAAACGAAGCGAACAGCAACUGCGUGAUCGUCUUGAUGCUGCGCAGGCCAAGGCCGAAGAGGCCCUCACCAAGCUGCAGCAACAACAGGAAGCUUUCGCACGCACGGAAGAGAGCUACAAGCAUGAGCUGGAGAGCAAACAACGCCUCGUCGAUAUGGCCAACCAGCUGACGAACAACCACAAGACGCGCGUUCAGCAGCUCGAGGGCGAGCGCGAAAGCCUCAACCAGAAGCACGUCAAUGAUAUCAAGCGCCUUCAGCAGCAGCUCGAGCAGGAGAAGGAGAACUGUCGUAUCCUCGAAGAACGCGUUGGUCAACUCGAGGGAGAGAUUGACGAACUACAGGUGCGCAUGGAACAAGUACCCCAGCCUGCAUCGGCUCCCUCCGCCCCUUCCACUCCACGCCCCAACGGUUCCCUCGCUGUCCGAGCCGCGUCGCCUUUCGCGACCCCGGGCUCUGUCCGCAGCAGGACUGCCAUCACGGCCACGCAGGCGAUCGAGGAGCUGUACAAGGUGAAGGGACAGCUCGCCGGCGAGAAACGACGGAACCAGCAAUUGGCAGAAGAACUCGACAACAUGAUUGCGGUUCUAGAAGCCAAGACUCCCGAAAUCGAGGAACUUCAAGCCGAAACCGAUGCUUUGAGGGCCGAGAUCACCAAGAUGUCACAGCUGUCAGAACAGAGCUACGAGGAGCGCGAUGCCGCCAAGAAGUCAGCUCGCAAGGCUGAGAGCGCCCUCUCUACCACCAAGGCGGAGGCCCAGAUCCUCCGCAACCAGCUCCGCGACCUCAGCACCCAGAUCCAGAUGCUUGUGUUCAACAUGCACGCCCGCGAGAAGGGUCUUGAGCAGCUUACCCGAGAGGAAACCCUCAGGCUCGAACAGCUCUCUCGAGGCGAGGUCACCGAGAACGCGCUGUCGGAUAUGUCCGAUACCAAUCAAUUCAUCACCCAAAAGUUUGUUGUAUUCAGGGACAUUCAGGAGCUGCAGGAGAAGAACCAGGAACUACUUCGGGUCACCCGAGACCUUGCCGACAAGAUGGAGAAUGAAGAAGCUCGCGCGGCAAAGGACCAGGCGGCCCACGACAGCAAACUUGUGGACGAACUCAAAACGCAGCUCGCCAAUCUCGUGGACGAACGCCAGUCCCUGCGCACAACGACAGAAAGUUUCAAGACCGAGCGCGACAUGUUCCGCCGCUUGUUGCAACAGAAGAACGUUUCCGGCGAGCUGGAUUCGAUUCUUGGCAGCCCCAUCAACGAUGGACAGCGUCACCCUCUUGUUAGCAUCGAGGAUGAGCAGGGUGAUAGUGUGUCACCUCAGGUGGCAUUGCGAGACCUUCAGGCUCAGUUUGACUCGUACCGCGAUGAUGCUGAGGCUGUCAGACAGUCUCUUCGGGACCAGGUUGAUAAGGUGUCCGGGGAGAAGAACGCUCUGCAGGCAGAGGUAGCCAAGAUUUCCAGCCAGCUCACCCUGGCUACUGAGAGAUACGAGAUGCUGCAUUCCAACUUUGUGGCACUCCAGACCGAUAACAAAGAACUGCAGAAGCGUUCCCAGGUGCUUUCCGAAGGCGCUGCCAAGCAGGACAUUCGCACACAGCAGGUUGCGGAGGAACUUAUCGAGGCGCGUGGUCUCGUCGAAAGCAUGCGCAACGAAACGGCGAACCUCAAGGCAGAAAAGAAGCUGUGGAAGGAUAUUCAGGACCGACUCAACCAGGACAACGAAAGCCUCGUGCAGGAAAAGGCCCGACUCAAUGGUCUCCUUGCCACGCACCAGUCUCUUCAGAACGAACGCGACAUCAGCGAAUCCGAAGCACGCCGCAAGUCUCAGUCCAGGAUCGAGAGCCUGGAGUCCGAGCUCUCUGAUACGAAGCGGAAGCUGUCCGAAGAGGUUGAAGAGGGAAAGAAGCUGCAGCUGAGGAAGGAGUUUGACGCUAGGGAAGCACAAAAGCGAAUCGAUGAGCUCUCUGGCAACCUGAGCCAAAUUCGCGAAGAGCACGUCGCCGUAAAGACGAGCCGCGAUCAUCUACAGGCCCGAGUGGACGAAUUGACAAUCGAGCUUCGUAGCGCUGAGGAGCGGUACGGUCGUCUGCAACCUCGUCCGACACCCCGACCCGGCAGUUUCGCCGCCGAGACGACGCAACCCGACCACGACAACGAGAGUGAAGUCCGUGAGCUCAUCAACGAAGUCGCCGAUCUCAAGCGCGACCUGGAGCUUGCCCGUGCUCACUUGGAGAACGCAAAGGAGCAGGCCGAGCAAUACAAGAACCUCAGCGAAGAGAACGAGAAGGCGUUGUCCGAGUUCACUGAUUCGCAGGAGCAGUUCCAGCACGAGAUCGAGACGACUCUACAGGCCAAGGACGCGAAGAUCAAGGAACUUGAGCAGCGUGUUGAAGAUGUGUCUACUGAGCUGGCCAACUCCAACAAGGAGCUCUCGGCUCUCAGAGACGCACAAGGCGAGGUGGCUCGCAAGUUCGAGGACGAGAAGAAGAUUCUCGAGGAAGAACUCGAGAGGCUCAAGGCGACCGCUGAGCGCCAUUCGGAAGCUGCCAAGCAUCAUCGAGACGACAUGCGUCUCCAGCAAGAAAUUACGACCGGAAUUCAGAGAGACUAUGAGCAUGAGCUGAUGAAGCACGCCGAGGCCGCGCAGCAAGCGCAGCAGCUGCGCGCCGAGUACAACCAGCUCAAGAGUCAAACAGCAACUCUGAGGGCCGAAGCCGAAUCGGCCAAGGUCACCCUUGCGCAGUCUCAAGGCUCAUGGGAAGACAGGCGACAGCACCUGGAGCAGGAGAUUGCCGAACUCAAGGCUCGUCGUGAUGACGCCAACGCGCAGAACAAGCUCCUACAUCAACAGCUUGAGAGUGUUACUGCACAGUUUUCCGCGCUCAAGCAGAACCGGACAUCGACCAUCGACAAUGCGGACUCUUCCGAGGGAGGAGGGUCUUCCGACAACGCCAUCGACGGCCUGCGUGAACUCAACUCGUACCUGCAGCGCGAGAAGGACAUUCUCGAAGUCCAGUACGACCUCAAGGUGCAAGAAUCGAAGAGGCUGCAGCAGCAGCUCACCUACUCACAGUCACAAUUGGAAGAGACACGUCUCAAGCUUGACCAGGAACGCCGAACCGCAGCCGAGAGCGGCCAGAGUUCCCUCGCUCACAAAGACCUUAUGGAGAAGAUCAACGAGCUCAACCUUUACCGCGAAAGCAGCGCCACUCUACGCAAUGAGCUCACGCAGUCCAGAGCCCAGAUUGCCGAGAAGAACGCCAAGAUUGAGGAGCUUGAAGGCAAGGUCCAACCGUUGGAGGCCAAGAUUGAGGAGAUUGAAACGCAGAAGGGCUUCCUCGAGGAAGAGAUCAAGCAGAUCCAGGAGGACCGCGACCGUUGGCAAAAGCGCACCGAGGGUAUGUUCACCAAAUACGGCCGUGUCGACCCCGCCGAGAUGGAUCAGCUCAAGCAGACGGUCACCGACCUUGAGGCCGAACGCGAUGCUCUCAAGGAGGCCGAAGCUCCCCUGCGGUCACAGCUGGAUGAGAUCCAAAAGGCUCUGGAUGGAGAGCGGAGCAACUGGCAGAACACACGCCAGAAACUCACGGAGCAGUUCAAGGAGCGAUCAAAGAAGCUCUCGGGUGACAAGAAUGAGGCGAUCGCAGAGAGGAACAGCAUCCAGGCUCAACUGGAUGCUGUCAAGUCCGAACUUGAGCAGGUCAAGAAUGAGCUGGGCGCUUCGAGCACACAGGAUGAGCAGGUGCGACAGCUCCAGGAACAGCUGAACGCAGCGAACAACGAAGUGCAACGGAUCCAGCAAGAGCUCGAGGCUUCAUCGUCACAGAAGUCUCAGUAUGAACAGCAGAUUUCGUCGUUCCAGCAACAAGUUCAGCGUCUACAGCUGGAGGCCCAGGCGAGCCAAUCGACACCCACUCAGCCGUCAGCAGCGAACACCGACCCGUCGGGCUCCGCCUCCGCAGAUGUGGUUGCGCAGUUGGAGCAGAACCUGGCGAAUCUGCGCAAUGAGCUCGAAAACAUGACAGCGCAGAAGCAAUCUGCCACACAAGAGCUCGAGAGCCUGCGUUCCGAGCUGCAGAGUGCCGUCUCGGCCAGAGACGAGGCGCAGAGGAAGGCCAGCGAGCUGGCUCAGCGACAAAGCGAAACCGCCGAUGCAUCGCAAGCGUCUGUUGAGCCUGGCGGUGUUGCCGCCCAGACUGUGCACAACACCCUGUCAGACGAGGAGCGCAAGGCACUAGAGGACAAGAUCGUUGCGGCUGAGGCCAAGGCUUCCGAAUAUGAGACCAAGGCAUCCGAAUGCGAAGCCAAGAUGAAGGCCAUCGAGGAAAGUCAGAAUCAAACGCUUAAGGAGCGAUCCGACAAGAUGAAAAACGCUCUGAAUGAUAGGCUGCGCCAAGACAGGCAGAAAUUGGAGCAGGAAUUCCAGACCAGAGUCGACCAGGAGAAGAUUAUCUGGCAGGCAGAACACCCUGCCGCCGCGCCCUCCCAGGAACAGCCUAUCGCCUCGACACCGGUCAAGAAACAAGAGCCCGAGCCGACAUCAAACACACCGACCGCAAACGCUCCACUUUCUGAUGGCGAGGUGCGGAAACUUCUCGCAACCAACCACACUGCUAAGAGCAUCUUUACCGCGAACCUUAAGAAGAAGCUUGAGGAGCACUCGGCCAAAGCAGAGACUACGCUCAAGGCGGAAUACGAGUCGAAGAUUUCAACAGCGAGGGAGGAAGGCCAGGCACUCGCGCAGAAGAAGUCAGCCCUGCAGAUCAACAUGAGAGACAACCAGGUCAGGGCAGCGAACGCUAAACUGGAGGUUGUUUCCACGGCCGCGGCCAACACACCCGCCAGGCCAGUUGGCGAGGUCUGGGAAGAGGCAAAGGUGGCUAAGCCCGCGCCUGCGCCGGCCGCUCAGCCAACUCCUGCGCGUGCUCCGGCUAAUGCCCAGAUCAACAACACGCCUCGCGUUGCUUCUGGAUCGCCUGCGCCUGCGCCGGCGACUGCUCCAACAAAUAAUUCUGCCACUCCGAGCAAGCCACCACCGGCACAUGUGACAGCGACUGGACAGAAGCCGGUGACGGCAGCUGCCAGCAGCAUUCCUCAGCCACCAGGCCAGAAGGCCGCAGUCGCCACCACUGGCGAAGCGCCGACAACCACACCAGCCGCGGCAAAUCCUUUUGCUGCCAGCGGCAACGCCUCCAGUCUCCCCGCGAACCCGUUCGCCAAUGCUGCUACUGCGAACGCAACAGCGACAACAACAGGACAGGCUCAGCCAAAUCAACCUACGGUCAGAAGUGGAAUCCCAGUCCCCGGUCGCGGCGGUGCUGCCGGACGAGGAGGCCGUGGCACGUAUCAAACGCCCGGCCAACGUGUGUCGACUGGUGGUCCGAACGAGCGAGGAGGGUUUUCCGGCCGAGGUCGCGGCCGCGGCGGACACCAGCAGGGAGGCGCCUUGAACCCGGGCGCCAACGACUUCCAGCCAGGGACCAAACGUCCCAGGGGCGACGGGGAGGCUGGUGGAGGUGCGAAGAGGGCACGCGGCAGCCAUUGA